UUCAGUCUGGAAAAUAUGGGAUGUAUGGAUGUCAAAUUUCAAUUUUGGAGUACUUGUCAUAACCUUGGAAUGGAGAAAUUUUAAACCAGACUCCCAGAAGGCCACAGAAGAUGAAUCAAACUAACUCUACUCCAGAAGCCAAUGUGGCUAUGAAAUCUAAAACUGUCACUGAAAAUCUGCUAAUUACCUUGUCUCUCUCCAUAAUUACAACCUUGACCAUGCUACUGAAUUCUUCUGUUAUUUCAGCAAUCUGCACAACAAAGAAGCUCCACCAGCCAGCCAACUACCUAAUAUGCUCACUGGCUCUUACAGACCUGCUUGUUGCUGUUCUGGUCAUGCCCUUGAGCAUCGCAUACAUAGUGAUGGAAAAAUGGACCUUGGGAUAUUUCCUCUGUGAGAUAUGGCUGAGCGUUGACAUGACCUGCUGCACGUGCUCAAUACUCCAUCUUUGUGUCAUUGCCUUGGAUAGAUACUGGGCAAUUACAGAUGCUAUUGAAUAUGCCAGGAAAAGGACUGCCAAGAGAGCUGGUAUUAUGAUCUGCACAGUAUGGACAAUAUCUAUUUUCAUCUCAAUGCCUCCAUUGUUUUGGAGAAACCAUCGUAGCAACAGCAAUUCCAGUGAGUGCCAAAUCCAACACAGUCAUGUCAUUUAUACCAUAUAUUCCACAUUUGGGGCAUUUUAUAUCCCGCUGACCCUCAUUCUGAUUGUCUACUACAGAAUCUAUCAUGCAGCAAAGAGUCUGUACCAAAAACGGGGGUCAAGCAGACAUCUCAGCAGUAGAAGCACCGACAGCCAGAACUCUUUUGCUAGUUGUAAGCUGACACAGACAUUUUGCAUUUCAGACUUAUCCAUGUCUGAUCCAACCGUGGAAUUUGACAGAAUCCAGUUUUCAUUAAGGAACCCCCCUUUUGACAAUGAUCCGGAUUUGGUUGGAGACCGCCAGCAGAUUUCAAGCGUAAGGGAGAGAAAGGCUGCCCGGAUUCUGGGCCUCAUUUUAGGUGCAUUCAUUUUGUCUUGGUUGCCAUUUUUUAUUAAGGAGCUCAUUGUGGGCCUUGGGAUAAGCACUGUGUCAUCAGAAGUUGCUCAUUUUUUGACAUGGCUCGGCUAUGUGAAUUCUCUUAUAAAUCCUCUGCUGUAUACUAGUUUUAAUGAAGAUUUUAAAUUUGCCUUUAAAAAACUCAUUAAAUGUUGGGAACACCCUUAA